AUGCCUAGUGAUCCGGAAGACGAUUAUACUCCUUGGAUCCAACAAUUCUGUGAAUUAUUCGGACAUGAUUAUUUUGUACAAGUAUCUCAAGAUUUUAUUGAAGAUGAUUUUAAUCUAACAGGAUUAUCCCUGCAAGUUCCAUUUUAUAGAGAAGCAUUAUAUACAAUCUUAGAUUAUCAAGUCGAGACAGCAGAAGAUCAUACAAAUACCACUACAACCACUACGACAACAACCAAUAAUAACAACAACAAUAGCAAUAACAACAAUAACAUAAACAACAAUAAUAAUAACAGUAAAUCCAAAUCAUCUAGCACAUCUGAAUUACCAAACAAAUCAUUACUAGCACAUCUGGCGGAAUUACUAUACGGUUUGAUACAUGCUCGAUAUAUAGUGUCUAAACAAGGACUAACGGCAAUGGCUUCAAAAUUUGAAAAAAAUGAUUUUGGUUCAUGUCCAAGAUAUUUUUGUGAUGGAAUGCAUUUAAUACCUGUUGGAUCAACUGAUAUACCGGGUCAAGAGACUGUAAGAUUAUAUUGUCCUUGUUGUAAUGAUAUAUAUAUACCUUCAAGUUCAAGAUAUUUAAAUAUAGAUGGUGCAUUUUUUGGUACUACUUUUCCUGGAUUAUUAGUAAAAAUGUUUCCUGAAAUAGAAAAUCAAUGUAGAAUUAGAAUACAGAAAUUUAGUCAGAAUGAUUUUGGAUUAAAAUUAUUUGGUUUUAAAAUAAAUGAAUUAAGUUCAACUGGUCCUAGAAUGAAAUGGUUAAGAACACAUCCUAAAACAAUUGAAGAGAAAAAAGAAUAUGAUUAUUGUGAAUAUAGUGUACCAAAACUAACGUAUUCGGAUGAUGAUGGAGAGGAAGAGGAUGAUGAUGAAGAUGAAGAUAUGGAUGAAGAUGACGAAGAAGAACUAGAAGAAGAUGAUGAUAAAACAAUGGCAAGCGAAUGA